AUGGUACCCUCGAUCCCAUCCUUCGUUAAACGCCCGCUGUUGUACGGCGCCGAUUUUGCACGCGGUUCUCUUGGAAGCUUGACGUGGGGGCCGGCAUUAGUGAUAGCCAAGUCAGCGAUACUCGCGGUGUUUUCCAGUAUAGACGUUGGGACUCUGCUCUUGGUGGAUGAACCUGCUGGGACGCGAUUGGUAUACGGCCAGAAGCUUAGGUCCAAAACCAAUCAACUCACGAAUGGAGACAGCACCGUCAGAAGGGCGGACACAAUCCCGCGCGUCGAGGUUGUAGUCAAGAAUGAAGCUUUCUGGAUGCGAUUAUUCCUCUUCGCCGACAUGGGGUUCGCGGAAUCUUACAUGCUGGGCGAAUUCGAGUGUGCAGACUUGACGGCGUUCUUCCAAUUAUUCAUUGCGAAUAGAGAUCAGAUGAGUAAUGGAACCACCUUAUUCUCUUCCAUCUCAGGCGCAAUCACAAGUAUCGCCCGCACGACCAACACGCUAUCGAAUGCGCUGCUUAACAUCUCGGCACAUUACGAUAUUAGCAAUGACAUGUUCGCCGCCUUCUUGUCUGAAGACAUGACUUACUCUUGUCCCAUAUGGAAACCUCGCACCGCCGACUCUGAACCGGAAGAAACUUUGCAAGAAGCACAAAUGUCGAAAUUGCAACGGUUCAUCGAUGGCGCCCAUAUAAAGCAGUCGGAUCACGUCUUGGAAAUAGGAACGGGAUGGGGCUCUUUUGCGAUCGAGGCGGUGAGACAGAGAGGGUGUCGAGUCACGAGCCUGACGCUAUCGAAGGAGCAAAAGAUACUCGCAGAAGAAAGGAUCAGAAAGGCGGGGUUUGCGGAUCGAAUUGAAGUCAAGCUGAUGGACUACAGGAACUUGCCGAUCCCAAAUUCGCCAUACGACAAAAUCGUGUCGAUCGAGAUGUUGGAAGCAGUAGGAAAGGAGUUUUUGGCGACUUAUUUCUCACACAUUGAUCGCUUACUUAAAAAGAAGGGCGGAAUCGCCGUGUUCCAGUGCAUCACCAUGCCAGAAGGUCGAUACGAGGCAUAUUCAAAGAGUGAGGACUUCAUUAAUAAGCACAUUUUCCCCGGUGGUCACUUGCCCUGUGUUACGCAGCUGCUCAACCAUAUCAAUAUUGAAUCCCACGGUACCUUGAUUGUGGAGCGCAUCGAAAACAUUGGCGGGCACUACGCAAAAACACUGCGGUUAUGGAAGGAGGCGUUCAUGGCCAAUUUUGAUUACAAGAUUCGCCCAGCGCUGAAAAGCGAACACCAAAACAUGACGUCUGAGGAGAUUGAAGUAUUUCGGAGAAAGUGGGAGUACUACUUUACCUAUUGCGAAGCGGGUUUUCUGACCAAGACCUUGGGCGAUGUGAUAAUCACCGUGGGGCGUGAAGGCGCCAUGGAGUUGAUGGAAGAUAUCCCUGUUUGA